AUGCAACAAAGAGAAAAGGAGACAUUCCGUGAAUACGCGCAAAGGUGGCGCGAAAUUGCAGCACAGAUUGUUCCACCUAUGGAAGAAAAGGAGAUGACGAAAGUGUUCUUAAAGACUCUUGAUACUUUUUAUUACGAGAGGAUGAUUGCAAGCGCUCCUACAGACUUUACUGACAUGGUAAACAUGGGAGUCCGUUUAGAGGAAGCAGUUCGAGAAGGGCGUCUAGUCAGAGAAGGAAGUUCAUCUUCAAGCGGGGCAAAGAGGUACGGCGGUUUUAUGAAAAAGAAGGAACAAGAAACUAAUGUUGUGUCCUAUAAUCAUCCAAGAAGGAUCAAUUAUCCUUACCAUUCCCAACACCAACAUAUAGCAGCCGUGACUCCAGUAAUCACUUCCGCUCCAGUUCAAGUCCAAUACCCUCAGCAGCGUACCAACCGCUUCCAACAGAAUACUCACUAUCAGCGACAACAUCAACCUCAACAACAUCAACAUCAGUUACAACAACGUCCACCACAGCAGCAAAGAAGAACCAAUUUUGAUCCAAUUCCAAUGUCAUAUGCAGAAUUGUAUCCAGCUUUGAUCACUAAAAACCUUGUGCAACCACGACCACGACCUCUUGUACCAGAAGUUCUACCUUGGUGGUACAAGCCAGAGGUAUCUUGUCCCUUUCAUCAGAAUGCUCCAGGUCAUGACUUAGACAACUGUUUUGCUUUAAAGUUGGAAGUACAGAAGUUGACAAGAGCAGGUAUCCUGACCUUCAAGAACAUGGGCCCCAAUGUGAAGGACAAUCCAAUGCCAAGUCAUGGUCCUUCAUCAGUGAACAAUAUAGAAGUUUGUCUCAAUGAACAACGUGUUACGAAGAUAGAGGAGAUUCGGCGGUCUUUGGUUGAAAUUCAUUCUGUUUUAUGUGCUCGUGGUCUAUUCCAACAUGACCACCAGAUCUGUGGUACAUGUUCAGUCAAUUCAAGAGGUUGUAGGAAGAUUCAAGAUGAUUUGCAAGGCGUCCUUGAUCAGGGUUUGAUUCAGAUUUCUAGACAAGUGAGUUCUCUAGAAUCACAAGAACAAGAAGUGAAUGUCAUCAUUCCUUGCUUCAACAUUCCAGAGAAAGUAGAGAUAGCUUAUCAUCCGAGGGAGCCGGUGGUGAUUUUCCCUCCGGGCCCAAUGCCUUACACUUCAGAUAAAGCGGUCCCCUACCGCUAUGCAACAAUUAUUAUUGAGAACGGUAAAGAGGUCGAGAUUAAAACCUUAGCCUCAGUUACCAAUAUCGCAGCAAAUAGCCGAAUGACGCGCAGUGGCCGCGUGUUCGCUCCGCCGGUUAUCCCAAGUAGAAAUGUUGAGAAAGAUCCAGUAGUCGUGGUACCAGUGACAAGAGAAGCAGAAGGGCAAACAAGCAAUUCAACCCUUGACAAAGAAACAGAUGAACUACUCAGAAUUAUCAAGCUCAGUGACUACAAAGUGGUAGAUCAGUUGCUACAGACACCGUCAAAAAUCUCGAUCCUGUCCUUAUUAUUGAACUCAGUUGUCCACAGAGAAGCACUACUGAAGGUGCUUGAUCAAGCCUUUGUAGAACAGGAUAUAACAGCAGAGCAGUUCAACAAUGUUGUAGGCAGCAUCACUUCAUGCAAUGGCUUAGGCUUUUGUGAUGAAGAACUGCCAGAAGAAGGAAAGAAUCACAACUUCGCUCUCCAUAUCUCAGCCAGUUGUCAAGGGGAUUCUUUGUCUAAUAUCCUAAUUGACACCGGUUCAUCUCUGAAUGUCAUGCCCAAGUCUACCUUGUUGAAGCUAAAGUACAAAGGGGGGCAAAUGCGGCACAGUGGAAUUAUUGCGAAAGCGUUCAAUGGAUCAAGAAAAACAGUCAUUGGAGAAGUUGAUUUGCCUAUUGGUAUUGGACCACACGUAUUCUAG